GUCCCUUUAUCGUGGACCGCCAUCGUGGCGCCCGCGCUGCGCGGCACCUGCAGCUGCUCUUCCAGCUUGCGGCUCCAGGACUGCUGCUGCACACGCUGCGCCAGCUGGAGUAUACCUUCGGCCAUGUGUUCGACGUGAUCGUUUGCCUCGCCGCCCACGCCACUAGGACCGCCCAGCUGUGCUCGCGCCUGGUCCUGCGAUUUCGGGGGCUCGCCUACCUGCGGCCGCUUCCCGUCGCAGCGGCGUACGCUUCCGCCGCUGCACUGGCGCUGCGCGCUGGCAUCGCAGAAGCCCCGCCGCCAGCGGAGCCCCCUCCAGCGGCGGCAUUCCCUAACGUGGUCAUCACGUGCCUGCUGUGCCACGAACGAUCCUUCGAGACUGGCCCAUGGCUCAUGCGCCACUUGACCACGACGCACGCAGGCGAGGCGUUCGAUGACGGGGCGGUGGCCGUGCUCCGUUCGCUUGACGGAGCGCUGUGCUCGGAUCUGGCAUGCCCUGAGGACGGGCUGCUGGGGGCCGACUUCGCCGACCGCGUGAGGGCCCUCCAGGGCACCGCACAGACACGCGUCCCAGUCGCCUUGCGCGCCCGCCACGCCCGCAUCUGGGCAGCCACUCUCGAAGGCGCCGCCGCGUGGCCGCCGGGCUGGGCGGCUGCGGUAGAGGCCUGGUCACGACGACUGCUGCUUGACCGCCCCGCCGGGGCGCACGGGCCCACAGAGCUCGCCGCCCGCGCCGCUCUAUGGGCGCGCGGAUGCUGCGCGGCGCUGCUCUGCCGCGCCGAGGCCCAGGCCAUCCUUCGACGACGACCUGUGAGCCAGCGCGGACCUGGAGCCGAGGCCCGCGCCACGGCUGCCAAGCGACGUCGGGGCAGACGCUUCUGCGCCGAGGGGGCAAACCGAAGGGCUGCCCUCACGCUCACUGGAAAGGCCACCAAGCUCACGCCAGCGGACAAGGGGCAGGCGGGUUGUCGCAUCGGCGCUGUGGACGAAUGUUUCAUCGACGGCGGGCAGGCUCUGUCCGCGUCGAGGUCGCGGAGAGGUCUCCAGUGCAACGGGGACCUGGUCAGUGACGACUCCCCGGCUGCGUUCGACGCUUCGCUUCAGCAUGGUGCGGAAGACGCCCUCCACAGUAAGCUCUUGGACGGAGGAUGGGUCCAGGCCGCUCUCCCUGUGGGCGCUGGCCGACUUGGGCUCCGGGAGGCGUCCGAGUGCGCGCUGCCCGCGUUCAUUGCCAGCGGGGUCGCCUCGCGUCUGCUCGUCGCAGUCAUGAGUGUUCACGCGGAGGAGGAGGGGUCGGGGUGGCGGGACGCACGCACGCACGCCGCGGCGCAGAGGUGGCGGGACGCCGUGCGCACCCACAUCGAGGAAGCAGCCGCGCUGGCAGAGCGCCGCUUGCGGAAUUGGUGCGCUGGCGAAGCGGAGGAAGAGUUGGGGGCAGGCGGCCGCGCGGUCAGCCACAGGCCCGGCGCGGCGGCCGUCGCCGAGACGGGCGCGGAGGACCCCGAGCAUUUGGCCGCCCCCCAGGGCCGCGGCGCGCUGCGCCUCCAGCGCGACCUCAGCAGAGUGGCGGACCGCACAGUGGCCAUGGGCGCCUGGCGGCACUGGACGCGGGGAAUCAUCGCGCCUCUGGCGGCGGGAGCAGGCGACGACUGCCUGGAGACGAUGGUGCGCCGGAAGAAGCGUCGAGCCGACGGUCUCCGGAGCGAGCUCGAGGACGUCGGCGUUGAGUGCCGGGUCUUCGUUGUGAGCGCUGUCGGGCGUUGCCACGACGAGUUCCCGAGGGCGCUGCAGUCGAUCGCCAGGGCGCACGCGCGGCGGCGGGGCACGGAGGCGCAUGUGGAAUUGCGCCACGCGCAGACUCGAAUCGCCGUCAGCAUCUGGCGCCGCGCAGCCCGCAUGGCGCGCCCUUGCACGCCGUUGGCCGUGGACGAGGACUGCACGGUCGACGAGCCUGCGGACGCGGCCGUGGCCGCGAGGCGCGGGCACCCCGGCGCUGUCCUGGGGGACGGCGCCGCGGCUCCGUCG